AAAGCAUCCAGCAAAGAUCCAAGCUCUUUUUCUCCAGACGUCAGAGCUGUUGUGUUUGGAGUUGGCUGGUCUGUAGAUACUUUUGAGUUUCUGCCACAAGAAGGUGAGUACCUAAACUCCAACCUGAAUAUAACAGAGUUACUUACUGCAUAAGACUGGAAAAUUUCAUUAACAGAACCCAAAGAAACAUGGAUUCAGACACACUGGAAGCCUUCCAGAGUGAACUCACCUGCUCCAUCUGCAUGAACUGCUUCUUGGACCCCAUCACCAUAGACUGUGGGCACAGCUUCUGCCGUCCCUGUCUCAGCCUUUGCUGGGAAGAAGGCCAGACUCCAAGGAGCUGCCCUGAGUGCAGGGGAAUAGCAGAGAGCCCUGAUUUCCAAACCAAUAUUGUCCUCAAGAGGCUGGCUUCCCUUGCCAGACAGACCAAAGUUGACCACGACCACAGCUCUGAGGAGCAGAUCUGUGUGACACACCAGGAAGCCAAAGGCCUCUUCUGUGAGGUUGACCAGACCCUGCUCUGUGGGCCCUGCUCUGAACGCCCCGAGCACGCAGCUCACAGCCACAGCCCAAUACACAGGGCUGCUGAGGAGUCCCGGGAGAAACUUCUGAAUAGAAUGGAUUAUUUAUGGGGAAUGAGAGAAAAAGUGCAACUCAUUCUGACUCAGGAAGCUAAAAAAGCUCGGUCAUUUAAGAAGUUUGUGGCCUUAAGGAAAGAGAUGAUCAAACUUGAAUAUCAGAGGAUGCAUCCAAUGCUCCAGGGGGAGGAGCAACUGCACCUGGAGGCCCUGGAGCGAGAAGCAAACGAGAUUUGUCACCGACUCAAGGAGAGUGUGUUCACAUUGUCUCAGUACAGAGAAAGUCUGAAAGAAAUGUACAGAGAGCUGACUGAGUUGUGCCACAAGCCGGACAUGGAGCUGCUCCAGGCCUUGGGAAAUGUAUCAGAGAUGACUGACUUGGUAGAGAUGCAGAAGCCUCAGUCAGUGAACCCAGAGCUCACUUGUUGGCCUGUCCCUGGAAUCCUAGACAUGCUGAACAACUUCAGAGUGGAUAACGUUCUGCAUCAGAAAAUGACCUUUCAUAAUGUGAGCCUUUCUGAGGAUAAUACAAGUCUGAUGUUUGGAGAUGACGACCAUGGCGUGUCCAGACAGCCCCAGGGUGGGGAGAGUUUUGUGGCCUGGGGAGCUCGGGCCUUCACCUCCGGCAGGCAUUACUGGGAGGCGGAUGUGACGCAGUCCUCCAACUGGAUUCUGGGAGUCUGUAAAAACAUCUUGACAAGUGAUACCAGUAUCAGCAUUGAUUCUGAAGAAGCAUUUCUUCUCUUUUAUGUGAAUGUGAAUGAUCAUUAUAGUCUCUUCACCAACACUCGGCCCUCAGUUCAGUAUGUGAAAAGGCCUCUGGGUAGGAUUGGCGUGUUUCUGGAUUAUGACAAUGGAGGUGUGAGCUUCUAUGAUGUUUUCAGGAGUUCCCUCAUAUAUAGUUUCCUUCCUUCCUCCAUCUCCUCCCCUCUGAAGCCUUUCCUUUGCCUUAGGUCUCCAUGAUUUUCCCACUUCUGGGACCAUUUAUUGAAACAACUUCUCUGGGAAUAUUGUCGCCCUUAACCUCAUGUGAGGCCACAGGAUACCUGACUGUCCGAGAACAUUGUUACUUAAGGUAACAUAAUGAUUGUAUGUUUACAAAAUGGCAUAACCAUGCUCUAUGCAUUAAUUUGUUAAUUAAACUUUCUUUUAAUAAAAGUUUUUUAUGGAAUAUUUAAUAGAA